AGUGCGACUCCUUUUUUUUUGCCGUUUUCGAAAGAUUGUACGGCGUUUGCUGCUUUCUCGCGGCGACGAUACUGACGUCGAGGCAACGAUAACAACGAGGAGGACAUGAGCACGAAAGGACCGGGCGUCACACAUGCGGAGGCCGAGCGACCUGUGGAGCAAUGCAUCGCCCUCAUCGACUACGAUGCGCUAAAUGCUGAUGAGAUCAGCUUCAGGGCAGGUGACGUGAUCAACGUCAUCGGGAAAGGAAGCGCGUCGGGAUUUUGGGAGGGCUACGUGGCCGUCCCGACCAUUCCCGCCAUUGCCACCUUGGAGACCAGCAGUGACAACGAGAGGGACGCCUCCGCUUCGUCUGCGCACGCGCCACACUCGCUGCGCGGGUUAUUUCCGAACUGCCUGGUCACGUCGAACAUGCGGUUCAAGUCGACCAUGGUCAACUACGUUUUUCAGAACGUUGCCCUCUGCCUCUACACGUACCAAGCGCGGGGGGAGGGAGAGAUGUCGUUUGCGCCAGGGGACACAAUCACCGCGCUGCGGCCGAGUGCGUCGCCGGGUUGGUGGUACGGCACGAAGAGCAACGGCCCAACCUGGACAGCGCCCCCUGUGCGCGCGGAAACGACAAAAACAGCAUCUCCGUCGCUCAAGUCUGUGCAGCGAUUUGCCGACCCCGCAACGGGCGGCAACGAGCACGGGAGCGCGACGUCAUCUGCCGCCACCUCGUCGGCCUCCGCUAACCCGGUUGAACUUCUCUUUCCAACCAACUUUGUCACGUGUGACGUGGUCCUCAUUAUCUUCAAAUUUGCGGGCCGGCAAGCGCACGAGCUGAGCUGCAAAGCCGGGGACGUCGUCCAGGUGCAUCGACGUUGGAAUGACGGGUGGUGGGAGGGCUCGUUGCGCGAGCGCCGCGGCAUCUUUCCGAGCAACUACAGCGUCCCGAACAUCUGCACCACCUCCCCACCCCUCUUUUGCGCUCGUUGCCGUUCCGUGUACUCGUCGAACACGUUUCAGUCGACCUGUGCCACGUGUGCCGCGGAGGAGCACGUCGAAGACAUCAUGCUGCAGUCGCUGGACGCCUACACGAAGGGCGUCAUGCCGGUGUACAACUUGUUUGCGGGCAUCGACAUUGGUCCUCUCAACGAGGGGGAUGGAGUGGGCGGUGGGAAGCAAGGGGAAGCCGACGCAUCCAAAGCGGCGGCAGCAGAUGCGGACAGGCAAUCAAUGGGUAAGUUACGCACAGCUGUUACGUCCGCCCGCAGCGAUCGGAGAAGCAGCGCAGGUAUUCAUGCGCCUCUGGGUGCUGCGCCCUCACUCCCGCGUGCGACGCUGCUCACCGAGAAGGAUCUGGCCGACCUGGCGUCCAACCGAGUGAAGUUGAUGGAGUAG